AUGCCACAGUCUAUUAGUUUUUUACAAGAAGAAGUAGAUUUUAGAGAUUACUGUUUUCCUGGUUUCAAUGGUUCUUGUGUCAAGAACCCUUACAAUGUAGCAACUCAAAGUGUGUUAUAUUUUUUACUUGUGUUUGCAUUGGCAAUUACAAUUCUAGGAAACCUUGCUGUCAUCAUCUCCAUAGCUCAUUUCAAACAGCUUCACACACCUACAAACAUUUUGGUGAUGUCUCUAGCUAUGGUGGAUCUGCUUCUGGGAAUCACAGUCAUGCCAUUCAGCAUGAUAAGGUCUGUGGAUGGCUGCUGGUACUUCAGCAAAGAAUUCUGUUUUUUACAUUCUAGCUUUGAUACGUGUCUCACUGGAGCAUCAAUUUUUCACCUGAUUUCUAUUGCGAUUGAUCGAUAUCAAGCUGUGUGCUAUCCACUUCAGUACCCUACGAGAGUGACUAAACCCGUUGCAUGGAGUAUGGUAGCUGUGAGUUGGACUGCAGCAACAGUGUACACUUAUAGUCUCUUGUUUACAAAUGCAAGAGUAGACAGUGAAUUAACAAAUUGCUUGGGAACUUGUAGCCUUUUUAUGGAUUCACUGUGGGCUAUUAUGAGUAUAGUUACAGGUUUCUUUAUACCAUGCUGUGUUAUGAUUUGUCUGUAUGCAAAAAUAAUUUUUAUUUCAAUGAAGCAUGCAAGAAAAAUUGACAGUGUGAAGCAUGGCAGAAAUGACAUUACCAAGUUUUCACAAAGAGUGAAACAUGAGAACAAAGCAGCAAAAACUCUGGGGAUUGUUGUAGGUGCCUUCAACUGUUGCUGGAUGCCAUAUUUCCUUACCUCUCUACUUGAUCCUUUUAUUAACUUUGCCACUCCUAUAUUACUUUUUGACGUCUUUGUCUGGUUGGGUUAUAUUAAUUCCACUUUAAACCCUAUCAUAUAUGGCUUUUUCUAUCCCUGGUUCAGAAAAACACUCUCUCUCAUUGUCACACUCAAAAUAUUUGCUCCACAUUCAUCUGACAUGAAAGUUUAUACAUCAUAA